GGGUUAAAGCUUUGAUUUUAUGACUCUCUCGUGUUACUGAUUUGUAAGAGCAAACACGAAUGUUUAACUUUGUAAAACAUUUAAUCUCUAGUCAGGAUUUCACAGCAGCUGGCAGUAUAUAAUACAAUGGGGAGGAAUACCAAGCCCUUUCUCUGGAAAAUAUUUGGGGAUUUGAAUCAGUUUUUUUUUAAUAACAGAUUUUAUUUUAAAUAGAUUUAUUUUUCUCUAAAGCAAAAUGGCAACUUUUGAUGACCUGCUGCAACAUAUUGGGGAGUUUGAUGCCUUUCAAAGGCGGAUAUUUAUACUUAUGUGUUUCAUAUCAGCUAUGUUUACUCCCAUUUACAUGGGAAUCGUUUUUCUAGGAUUUGUACCUGAUUAUAGGUGUGCCAGUGCUGGCAUUCCGGAACUAAGCAAUAAGUGUGGAUGGACUCUACAAGAGGAGCUUAACUAUACCGUUCUAGAAGCAAAUGGCUCAACUGAUUCUUUCUAUUUGAGUCAGUGUUAUCAAUAUGAUGUAGACUGGAAUAGCACAUCUCCGAGCUGCACAAACUCGCCAUUGAAUAUCACUAGCCAACCACCACUUACACGCUGUAAAGAUGGCUGGGUCUAUAAUACUACUGGGUCAUCCAUUGUGACAGAGUUUAAUCUUGUUUGUGGCGAUUCCUGGAAGUUGGAUUUGAUUCAGUCAUGCGUCAACUUGGGAUUCUUUAUUGGCGGCUUCAUCAGUGGAUAUAUUGCAGACCGAUUUGGCCGCAAACCAUUUCUGAUGACUUCUCUCUUAAUUACUGCUAUCUUUGGAAUACUGAUGGCGUUUUCUCCCAACUACCCCUUGAUUGUGAUCUUUCGGUUUAUUCAGGGGUUAGUCAGCAAAGGGUGUUGGCUGUCAGGCUAUAUACUAGUUGCAGAGUUUGUUGGUUUGGAACACAGAAGGACAGUUGGAAUCCUUUACCAGGUUGCAUUUACUGUUGGCCUUCUGCUGCUCUCAGGAGUGGCCUAUGUCCUCCCACACUGGAGAUGGUUGCAGAUGACAGUCACAAUACCAUACUUCCUUUUCUUGGCAUAUUACUGGUGUAUUCCAGAGUCACCCCGCUGGCUCAUCACCCAAAAUCGAAAGGCAGAAGCCAAAGUCAUCAUCCACACAAUUGCCAAAAAAAAUGGGAAAACGGUACCAGACUUUUUAGAGAGUCUAACGGCUGAUGAAGAAGUCUGUGAAAAGCAAGUUCCGUCUUUCUUGGACUUGGUCAGGACACCUCAGAUCAGGAAGCACACUUUGAUUCUCAUGUACAUAUGGUUCACCUGUGCUGUAGUCUAUCAAGGCUUAAUCAUGCACAUGGGAUCUACUGGUGAUAACAUUUAUUUGGACUUCUUCAUCUCUGCCCUGGUUGAAUUUCCUUCUGCAAUAAUAAUAAUAUGCACGGUGGAUCGCGUUGGCCGGCGUUGGCCGUGGUUAGUGGGCUGCAUCAUAACUGGAGUUGCUUGUCUAAUUACGACUUUUAUUCCACAUAGAUUAUCCUGGUUGAUAGUUACACUCUCCUGUGUGAGCAGAAUGGGAAUUACCCUUUCAUAUGAAAUGGUUUGUUUGGUUAAUGCAGAGCUCUAUCCAACCUUUAUAAGGAAUCUCGGCAUAAUGGUUUGCUCAUCACUGUGUGAUCUUGGUGGUGUCAUUACGCCCUUUAUUGUUUACCGAUUAGCUGAUAUUUGGCAAGAUCUACCACUUAUUGUAUUUGCUGUACUUGCAACUGUUUCUGGCAUCCUUGUGUACUUUCUCCCAGAAACCAGGGGAAGGGCACUCCCAGAGACUAUUGAAGAAGCAGAAAAUUUGCAUAAGUAUGUGGCGACAUACAUUUGUGUUAAUUUAUCAUCUAUCUAUCUAUCUAUCUAUCUAUCUAUCUAUCUAUCUAUCUAUCUAUCUAUCUAUCAUCUCUCUCUCUCUCUCUCUCUCUCUCUCUCUCUCUCUCUCUGUUUAAAAUAUUGGAAAUUAAAGUACCCAUAUAUAAAAUGAAUAAAUAGAGAAAAAUCCAACAAGCAACUGAUGACACUCUCCCUAGGAAAAACCUGCUAUAGGUUUGUAAGGGCUCAUACACACUGCAGACUGUCUGCUUGUAGCACUCAUAUACAGUAUCUGAAGUCUGGUAGGAGACCUGAUUGUGCCAUAACUUAUGUCUUUGCACAAAGCUGUACU